CCUGCCUGCCUGCCUGCGCCCGGGCGCACAGCCUGGAAGGAGCGUCCGCUGCCGCCGCCGCCUCUCCGCCCGCCCGCCCGCGCGCUUUCUGCGAGGGGACCCCGCGAUGCCUCCGCAGGGCGAGUCUCUCCCGCCGGUGCCCCCGCGCCGCCCCCGCGAGCAGCGGCGCCUGCGGGGCCUCGAGUGCGUCCUGCUGGGCGACGGCGCCGUCGGGAAAACCAGCCUGGCGCUCAGCUACAGCACCAACGGCUUCCCCGCCCGAUACGUCCCCACCGCCCUCGACCGCUUCUCCGCUGUGGUGCAGGUCGACGGAGACCCCAUCCGGCUGCAGCUGUGCGACACCGCAGGGCAGGACGAAUUCGACAGCCUACGGCGGCUCUGCUACCCGAAGGCAGACGUGGUCCUGCUCUGCUUCAGCGUCGUGUCUCCCACCUCGUUCCAGAACAUCUCUGAGAAGUGGCUCCCCGAAUUGCGCCGCCACUGCCCCGCCACGCCCGUCCUGCUGGUGGGCACCCAGUCGGACCUGCGCCAGGACGUCAAGGUCCUCAUCGCCCUGUCCCGGCGCCGGGAGAAGCCCGUGUCCCCCUCGGCCGCCCGCACCCUCUCCGCCAAGGCCGGCUUGCUGGGCUAUGUGGAGUGCUCGGCCCUCACCCAGCACAACCUAAAGGAGGUCUUUGACACGGCCAUCACCGCAGGGCUGCGCUGCGCCCGCGGCCCCCCGCCCAAGCCGCAGCGACGCAGCACUGCCAGCCGCAUCCGGACCCUCUCCAAGGCCUGGUGGAGGAAGCACAUCUGCCUGUCCUAGCGCCGGGUGCAAUUCCCGCAUGGCCUGACCCCUUCCAAUGUGUUCGCCUGCAGACUGGACCAACUGAGGGGUGUAGGCUUUUGAGAGGGGCCAGGCUGGGCCAGCCUUCUUCGCAGGGACAUCGGGCGGAAUCUCGGCAGGGCCAAACAGAUCUCGAAACGGAUCCCAAAGACGUUUCCUCGUCUCCUAGAGGGACGUGGCCGGGUUUUCAUUUAGCGACGCUCUGUUGGCUGGAGAGAGCGGAUGCUUCUGAACGGCUGCGUUUGGUGUCCUGGUUGCUGGUCUCACUUUGGGGCAUGUGGUUGGCAGCUGUGAGAACAGGAGGCUGGACCAUUGACCUGAUCUUCUCAUGCUCUUGUGGAACCUCCAGCCCCAGAGGCAGUCUAUCCGGAUUCUUAAGUUCUGUGGGGGUAUUUUUUGGCUACCGUGAGAACUGGACUUUAUGGGCCACUGGCCUGAUGCAGCAGCCAAGCUUCUUAAACGUUUUCAUGGGACCUCCAGCUCCGGAUGCAGUCUAUCUGAAGAAUUCUUAGGUUUUAUGGGGUAUUUGGCCCCUGUGUGGCUGGACUAGAUGGGUCCCCUUUGGGCCUGAUCCAGCAGCUGGGCUCUUCUAAUGUUCUUGCGCUUCCCCCCCCCCUUGGGAUUUGGGACCUUUAGCUCCCAGCCCCACUGAGAAGGGCCAUAUAUUUGUAGACCCUGAUAUCUCUGGGGAGAUGGGACGAGGUUGGGGGCAGAUGCUUUGGGGAGGCUGUGGCUGGAGGCUUUGCCUCCCCACCCCCAAAAAUAAAACUUCUGCACCUGGUUUAGCUGAGAGCGCGAUGGAGCAGCCCCUUGCCCAGAGUG